AUGGAAUGCCUGGAAUGCCGUGGUUGCCAGGCCACGGCAAGCGCCUUCCAAACUUGGCUCGCUGAGCAAGGUGUGCUGCAGGGGAAGGCUUCCCGUGCUGUGCAAAGUCGGAGUGGCCUCAGCUUUCAGAUGACAGUGCCAAGCGGUGUGGCUCCUGCGCCCUUUUCGGUUGCCAGGCCGAAAGGAACGACGGUUACAAGCCCUGCAGGCGAUGGAACGAAGCGCGGACAGUCGGCAGAGACGGUGGGCUCAAAGGUCUCCGUGUCGCGGCAGGAAGCCGUUCGCAAGCUGAGCACGGAGAAAUCCCACCACUCCACCCGCUCCGAUGCUGGCGAGUCCCACAACCAGCGGAACUCGGGGGGCGCAAUCAGUCGGAUCUUUGGGCUCUAUCAGUUCAACCGGCGAGUGACCUUAGCCAGGUCCAUGUUUGCAUCCUUUACGCAGGACUCGCAAAAAGCGUGGUCGCCGAGUCACUUGGAGCGCUCCUUGUAUGAGGCCCAGCACCAUGACCAAGAUCCCAGUGACAUUUUGAACAUCCAGGAGCUUUUCCACGGUGGUGACUCGGAUGACAAGGGAAGCACCACCUCUGAGUCCUUCUUCUCCUUUGUGUGGCGUUUCCAUCUGUCACCUGCUGCCAGGAUGGUGGAGCUGGUUCGACUCUUCACCGUAGUAGGCACUUGCAUUGCGGCACCUUUGAGUUUCAUCUUGUCCGGUGAUGGAACUCCCCAGAUUUGGUGCCUGGUGGACGAGCCCUGCUGGCUUUCGAUUGUGACCUGA